ACACUCAAUUUUAACUCCGUCAUUCUCAAUGUCAAAUCAAUUUAUUCUUUGAAUAAAUAUUUUAUUGGGUUGUUGAUUUUGAGUUUCGAGAUUAAUAAUUUACUUUUUUCUAUUUUAUCUAGAUAUUUUUUUGGUAUCAUUAAUCUGAUUAAACGAAAUGUGUUGAAGUAAUUUUAUGAUCACAGCUAGGUACCAAACAAACAUUUUUCGAUUUGCUGUGUGUGAAUCAUAUGUGUGAAUGUGAAUUUCCGUCCAACUCAUUGAAAUAGAACAUAAUUAUUAAAGUUUGAAUCAUUGUAAGGUACAUAGCUAACUAGGUACCUAGAUAAAUCCUCCAAUACGAUGGGUAAUUCAGGAUUAAAACAACAUUAUGAGACUGCUUCAAAAACUGGUGUUUUACAGCUUUCCGACCAUAAAUUAAAAGAAGUACCUACAGAAGUACUUGCUUUAUCUGAUAUACUUAGAAAUUUAGAUCUAUCUAAAAACAGAAUAUCUUUUUUGCCGGAGGAUAUAUCUAAGUUUAAACAGUUGAAACAAUUAAAUCUAGAUACCAAUAAACUGGAGGUAUUACCUAAUACUUUAUCUAAUUUAAAGAAAUUAGAAUUGCUGAAUGUUUCAAACAACUCACUGUCGGUAUUGCCACAGACAUUUACAAAUUUAAAUAAUUUAAAGCAAAUAUAUUUGAAUAACAACAGACUCAAGGAAUUUCCUUUGGAAUUGUUAAAGCUUCAUAAUUUAGAGGUGGUGGAACUGUCUAACAACAAGAUUACAGAGAUACCAAGUGGCAUGUUUGAGCUGUUUGCUAUGGAAUUAAAUUUAAGUCAAAAUGAAAUAUCGUCACUUGGUGAUGACUUACAUCAGGCCCCCAGACUGAAGAUCUUGAGAUUAGAAGAGAAUUGUUUAAGCUUAGAUGCUAUUCAGCCAAGCUUAUUAAGAGAUUCCAAAAUACACACCAUUAACUUAGAUGGCAACCUAUUUGAAGCAAAGCAACUGGCUUCUUUGGAAGGAUAUAAUGAAUACACAGAGAGAUACACAGCAAUGAAAAAGAAAAUGUUUUGAUGUAAUUUAUGAUAAUAAAUCUUAAUAAUUUAUGAUAUAUUUAGUAAAAUGUAAUUGAGCACUGUAAUAAUUUUUCAAAUACACACUAUGACUAAAUAAACCGAAAAUGCUCUUUUCACCCUGAUUUAUUGAUAUAAACAUUUAUUGUGUUGUUUUAUUGAAUUAGUUUAUUGAGAAAGAAAAAUGUUUUUACUUGUAUAAAAUUUAUUUGCAGAGGAUUGAUCAGCAUGAAAUUGUUUUCACAUUUCUCAUGCUAGCAUUUAUAAUGCUAAUUGAUAUAUUAUUGUUAUUUCAAUUUAAAUCACUUGUAUUUUAAAUUAAAUACUUAACUAUGGUAUAAAACACAAGAAUUCACAAAAAUACCAAAUUUUCACAUGUUUUUCUUCUGCAUUCACUCAACUCUUCCUAGUGCUAGUUUACACUGCCUUGUGUAUGUAUGGCCUCCUAUCUUGUAAAAAAUAUUGUUUAGACCUUACAAUUGGCAAAAAUUAUACCUAAAGCAUAUUCUGAAAUAUGUACCAGUCAAUGUCAAGUAAAAAAUAAAUAAAAUUUUGCUUCA